AGCAACAACAAGAAACAACGGCAAAUCACAUCACCGGCACCACCACGGUGUAGUCGCCAUUGUUGACCUUCCGACGAAAACAUAACCUCAACCAUCGCUCCGAACGCGAACUUAAUUAUCGCAACCACAGCAAGCGCUGCGUGCGUAGUGGUGUUGUGGGGGGUAGUGAGUACCGACGCGAGUGCUCGCGGUACUAGAGUUCCGAUACUUCCAGUGAGAGGUCCUUUCGUGCGUGGGCGUGUGUGUGCUGGCCAUGUGCUUCUGUUUACGGCCCACGUGCUUCGCUGUUGACCGCGCGCGCCACCUUGGCCAGCGUGUGCCCGAUGUUCGGUUCGUAUCCUUCCUUCGUGGUGACGUCACUACCACCGCAGCACUCACCACGCGCGCCACGCCAGAUGCUUGGAUUGCUUGGAUGUGACUGUCAGUAGUAGCGGAGCAGCAGCAGCAGCAGCAGCAGCAGUAGCGAGUGCCGUGAUCGAUGCUCUAGCGAUGGUUGCCAAGGAGGUUCAGUUCAGGUUGACGAUGUGCAGAAAGUGCUCGACCGCAGAGGGCUUCUGGGCUUAAAGUCUGGGCUGAGGCCAGUUUAAUCCUUGCAUUUCGUUACGUGUGCCCUGUGUGCCGGCGUGCUAUUGUGUGUUGUGCGUUCAGUGGAUGGUUUUAUUGGUUGUUUAGUUCCCUCUUGAUCGUGCACGCUGCUGUCCGCUGUGGUGGUCGUGGCGGUGGUGGUGGUGCAGGUGGUGGUGGUGCAGGUGGUGUUGGGCUAUUUGUGACGCGCGCGAAACCUUGACGAAGCCCAACCCAACCCGCCCAACCGGCGCACAUGACCGGCGAACCAAUGACGACACGUGCAGUAGUGGUCGCAGGUAGUGGUAGUGCUACUAGUGGUGCCACCGGCGGUACUAGCAGUACCGGGGGUGGUUUCGGUAGCCGCGCACCCCAUCUACAACCCCCACACGCGAACCAUCCCCUGCAGGCGCUCCGGACCGAUGAUAUCGAGGUGCAGGUGAUAGAGCAGGGUGGGAUCGAGCUAUGUUCCAGCUCGGAACGAAAGGGUGCCACAGCGAACAGCAACAGCACCAGCAGUAGUACGAAAGCGUCGAUGAGCUUUCACCGAGCGGCAGGACGCAAUAGCGUGGCACAAUCGUCAGCGACCGGAACCACCUCGUUGGGUGCCAGCGCAGGAACACUCACCGGAGCGGCAGCGGGACUCGGAUCCAAUGGUGGCCCGUCUGCUGCCGCUGCUGCCAAUCGGAUGGCCUCGCUGAAGAAUCCGGUCGGUUGGGUGUGCUGUGCGCCCUGCAUCUGGCUUCGCAGUUCAUCCGCUGUCCACAAGAUGGCCAUUACGGCCGCAACGCUGCUAGUGACCUCGCUACUCGUUGCUUCGCCCAUCCUUUUUCUCAUCUCGGCUGCACCGUCGCAGCUGCCACGUGAUUGCUUCGCCGCAACGGAUGAGGACGAUUGCCAUCCAACGCCAGCACCGCCGCCCGUUUGUGCUGAUCCGAUCUGUCGGGCUGCGGCCAUCAGUAUUGCGUCGCGCAUGAACUGGGAGGUGGAACCGUGCCGGGAGUUUAAGAACUAUAGUUGCUCCUCGCCCGAAAGUAGUCUCCGGGUGGUCAAGAGUGCGCAGGAGAUCGCUGACAUUCAGCUGCAACAACUCCUGUCACUGAACACUACGAGCGGGAUUUUCCGGAAGUUGGGACGGUUGUACGGGAGCUGCCUGCGACAGGAGCUGAACGACAGUAGCAUCCGACGUCGGUUGGAUCAACUCGGUGGCUAUUUGCAUAUCGGCUCGGUGGGACCACAAAGCAUAUCACCGCUGGUGGCAAAGAUCAGGUCGAUUGGGCCACUGCCACUGAUCGGCAUCUAUUACGAUCUCAGCUACGGCCGCAACCCGCAGACGCUGCUAAUUAUCGAUGGACCAAGCACGCCACCGAACAUCCUUGAGAACCCUGUUCGAUGGAAUGGACCGAGGGCACCACCGUACGAUGUGGACGAGGUGCCCGAGCUGCUGGACGAGCUAAUCAAUAUCUUCCUGCCGCUGGGGCUGACCGGCGAACAGCGCCAGUCCGAGCGGAAUCUUAUUUUUAGCUUCAUUCGUGAUCUUAAUCAGAUACGGCGUAAUUAUGUGCAGAAGGAUUUCACCAGCAGCUACGUGCUGAACAAUGUGACCGCGCUAGCGAAUGCGCAUCCUUUCCUCGCCUGGCCAGAUCUGGUGCCCGGUAACUGGUCCGGACCGAUCGUCAUCCGCAGUCCGGAGUAUCUGCGGCAGCUGAGGAAGCUACUGCUGCAGCACCAGAACCGUGUCAUCCACAACGCGCUGCUGAUGCUGUUCGCCCUGAACACGCUGCCACCGGGGCGACCUUCGCCGCUCGUCUGCACCAGGGCGACGAACUGGGCCCUGCCCGAGGUCACGUCGGCCCUCUUUGUGGCCCAGUACAGCGAGGAGGUCAUUCGGCACGCGAUCCAACGGACGGAGGAGAUGUUCGAGAAUAUGAAGCAGCAUCUUAAGCGGGCACCGUCGUUGCGCGGGGCCGCGUUAGUGCGACUGUCCCAGCUAAAGGUCCAGGCGAAGGUGUGGCCAACGCUCUUCAAUCGAUCGGAAAUUGCGUCGGUGUUGGAUGAGAUCGAAAUCAGCUCGGACAAUUGGUUCGAGAAUGUGUUGAAAAUCUACGAGAUCAACAACAACCGCUCGCGGACAAUUAACUUCACCGUGGACUCGUCGCAGACGGCCUACGCCUACCCACAGCUGUCGAAGGUGUUUUACGACACACUGUCGCACUCGAUCGUGGUACCGAUCUCGGUGAUACUGGUGCCGUACUUUAACCCGAUGCUUCCACCGUACCUCCACUACGCCUCACUCGGCACAACGCUCGCCAAAGAGAUCCUCCGUUCGAUCACGAAAGCCUUCGAGACGAAGGUGAUGCAGUGUGUGCCGAGCGCCGUGAACGUCUUCUCCAAUGCGAGCCGCAUGGAGCUGCUGAUACACUCGGGUGGGCUGCAGAUCGCGUACCACACGCUCCUGUCCUUGUCCGGUCCGAUCAAGGGGAUGAACCGGCUGCCCGGCCUUAGCCUAACGCCACCGCAAAUCUUCUUUCUCAUCUCGGCCCAGGAGCUGUGCGCGGCAUCCGAGUACAGCGGGAUCGACGUCAAUUCAAGUGAUUUCGAUGAAAUCUUAACCUGGCUCAUCUCGCAGGGUGGUAGCGCAGCGGAUGUCUUUCAGUGUCACUCGACCACUAAGCUAAGCUACCAGAAGAACUGCGACAUCUGGUAGGAAAGGUGACAUCAAUGACCGUACAGGAAAUGAAUGAACGGACGCGAAAGCGUGGAUAUCCCGUGACAGAAAGUGAAAAACGUGGGAAACAGUAAAGUAUAAUAAUCAGACGUGGUUGUCUUGUGAACUGAAACAAUGUGUUUUUGCGUAGAGAGCGGAGAGAGAGAGAGAGCGCGCGCGCACCGCGUCGUGGUAGAACCGUUACUAGUGAUACUGACAGGAGCAAUCUUUGGUAGAUAAUUAAGGCAUCAAACCAACACAACAAGCAAAUAUUAGCGAAUGAAAAGUGGAAGCGGAAUUUAUCCUGUCCGGAGAUCAUCCAGGUUUAGGAGAUCGACGUCGACCCACCCCGCCUCCCGUCACCCUCGUGAUAGCUGCCUCGGAAUUAUGCGUUGAGUGUGCGUAGCUAAUAAACUAAUCUAUAUAUAUACACAUCCAUACUGUUCUUAGUCCCCAGAUCUUAUGAGAUGAGCGAAGAAGGUAGAAAAACAAGAAAAAUCAAUCGAUGCUAGGAGCGUUGGCCGGCAGAUAGGAGGCGAGCGAGCGAGCGUGCCGUUAGUGCGUACAAACGAACACUGUUUGUUGCAAUUAACAUUUAUUCACAUUUAGAAAAGGGCUUUAAAGUUGCGUUACCAAAAAUGUGAGAAACACUUCUUCGUAGGUUAGGUUUCCUUGUUGCUGUUGUUGUUGUUGUUGUUGUUCUGCAUCAACCAGAAGACGAUGUCAAUUAUGUUUCGGUAUGACUCAAAGUUCCAUCCAUGCAUUACGCACGGUUCCACGUCAAGCAGAAAACGGAACAAGAACUGGUUCCAACAAUCAUUCGGAUCAUUUCGGCGAGAGAGCGAAACCGGCCAAUGCAAUGAUUCUGUUUUGCCGGUGCCGGUCCAUCGGAAAGCUGACACGCGCGGGCAGCAUAGACUAUGACAAUACACUCUUCAUCACCUAGCGCCCUAGGGAAAAGUGGAGAGCAGAGGGAGAGUAGCAGAUGAACAGUAUUCAGCAGUGGCAUUGUUGAGCAAUUAGUAAGCAGAAAGAGAGCGGCGAAAGGCGAAAGAAGCGCAUUCUUUGUAACCAUUUCCCUCCGUUUUUUCCCUGUAAGCCUGUAUUAGGAGCGCGAUGCAGUGCCUCCCCACCUCCUCCCCCUCCCCCUGAUAACCGGACCCAUCGAAAGUUUGACAAGAAUCUUUACCGCGGACGGAUUUAGGCGGCGUUUCGUUUUACCGAUUUCAACGUUAGAAUGCGAGACCGCGAGAUCGCUUACGUAUUUACAACUGCAAUUACAGCCUGUGAGAGAGUGUAUGUGUGUUUGUCGUGUGGUCGAGUGGUUUUUAUCUGUAUCCUUGGGUGGAUGGAUUGAGGAUCAGCCAUAAUCAGCGAGUACGGAACCAAUUCGAUUUACACAUAAAACAAAAAAAACGUCCUAAUAACGACGCCCCGUGCGCCAAGUAGUUGUAGUGCGCCAAAGAGGUUGAUUCUAUCAUAGAAGUUUAGAAAGGAAGGAAACGGUUCCAGCUGUAGGUUGGCACUGGCAGGAAGGAAUAUCACUAGAUCACCGUAGUAGUAUGUGUGUGUCUGUGUUUGUUGAUAGGAAUCCCGCUCUUUCCCAUCCGCGGAUCCCACCCUCCGGUAGCGUGAGCACGCGCACCGUACGUAGCCGAAGUGUACCUUAAAGACGAAAGUGUUGUUGAUAGAGGACCUCCCUUUCGUCGUCCCUCGCCCUCUUAGAACUGACCCCUUAAGCUAGUAGCUGCUGUUAUCCCGUACAAGGGUGUAGUGUAAACGAAUGUUGCUCUUCCCAAUCACCAAGCACCAACACAAUCACCACCACCACCACCACGACGAUCCGCGGUUUUAGGCGCGUUACCAACGGGAAACGCUGUUUUUAAGCAAAGGGACCCCCGAAAUGUUGAUGCCGCGGUGGCGUUUUACUGAGGAGUUGUAGCACUGAACCUGGAAUGUCACCCCCGAUGUUAGGAGCAUCACAUUUUAACCACAUUCACUCCACUCCUUGUUGUUAAUCCUUCCUUCCCACUCCAAACUGUAGCUGCUUGUAGCCUUCUGUUACACUUUUACACCUCUGAAGCUCCUUAUAGAGGCAAUCGGUUCCCGAUGGAUGGCAUUUUAAUCCGCAUUCUGUUUAGACCCAGAGAGACAAUGAAUCUACUGCUCUAGAGAGAGAGUGAGAGAAGGUCAGUGGGCAGUGUGAACCCGUAGAAAAUGGUGCCAAACUAGUGAUUAAAAGGAUAAUUUAAUUCGCGUGUAUGAGUGUGUGCGGUGCAUGUAUGUGUGUGUUAGAAUGUUUGUAUGAGUGAGAUUUGAUGUGAGUGUGGAUCCUUGAAGAAAGGAAAUUGAAUUGAAAGGGGGCAAUAUUAAAUAUUGGCGUUUGGAGCGUUUGGUGGGUGCACCGAGCGCACCACCCGUUCAAAUCAAAUCAACACGCCGUUUUAGACGGCGUUGCGGCAUGUAAUAUGUGCUGGAACACUGAGAUAGAAGCUAGCAAUAAAUACA